CUGGAGUGCUUAAUUAAUACCGAUACGGCGCCGUUACGUGGACUGAUAGAGUGAAGAAAGGAAAGUGAACAAAAACUCAUAAAGAGUAACUGAAGUUCGCAAAACCCAACUCAAAAAUUCAAUCAAUUCGAUUGGUGAAAAUCAAGAAAAACAAACACUUUACUGAGAAUCUUUGGACUGCUGGCUCCUGAUCGAUCGAUGGCGAGCCCCGCAUCUCGCUUGGAGAUUAUCGCGGCGACUCCGAGGAGUGCAGCAGCUAUUGCGCAGUCCCCGAAUUCGGGUUCUGCUAGGGUUUUAAAAACCCCUUUAACCGAUGAAGCCAUGUGGAAGCGGCUCCGAGAAGCUGGGUUUGACGAAGAUUCCAUUAAACGCAGAGAUAAAGCUUCGCUUAUCGCGUAUAUUGCGAAACUAGAAGCCGAGAUAUACGAGCACCAGCACCAAAUGGGUCUUCUCAUCAUGGAAAACAAGGAGUGGCUGUCAAAGUAUGCAGAUGCUAAAGCUGCAGCUGACUCUGCUGAGUUAAAUAUGAAGUGUGCUCAGGCUUCUCAUGCCUCAGAUUUGGCUGAAGCCAGAAAACGAGAAGACAGACUCAAGAAAGCUUUAGGCAUUGAGAAAGAAAUCGUUCAGAAUAUUGAGAAGUCGUUGCAUGAGAUGCGUGCUGAAUAUGCAGAGGUAAAGGUGGCUUCUGAAACAAAAUUUGCCGAGGCAAGAAGCAUGGUGGAUGAUGCCAUCGAGAAACUGACAGCGGCUGAUGAGAAAUCGCGUGCAGCAGAAUUUCUGGAAGCUGAGGCUAAAAGAUACCAUCGAACUGCCGAAAGAAAGUUGCAUGAAGUUGAAGAACGUGAAGAUGACUUAAGGAGACGUAUUUUGUCAUCAAAGUCCGAUUUUGAAGCUAAAGAGAAAGAGAUUGAACUUGAGAGGCAAUCAUUAUCUGAGAAGCAAAUAGUUCUACAGCAUACUCAUGAAAAGUUACUCGAUGGUCAAGCUUUGUUGAACCAGAGGGAAGAGUAUAUUUUUAGCAAAACUCAAGAGUUGAAGAAAUUUGAGAAGGAGUUGGGCGAUUUAAAGCUGCAAAUUGAUAAAGAACGUACAGCCUUAAGUGAAGAGAAAGUGGCUCUUGAGCUAAAAGCAAGUUCUUUAACAGCAAGAGAGGAGGUUGACUUACUUCGUUCCAUUUUCAUUUUGCACGCUGUUAUCGAAAGAGAAUGUGAUCUUCUCAGAAAGGAGGAAGAGGCACUUUUGUUGCAAUCUAAAAUCUCCACAAGGGAAUCUGACAAGGUUCAGCAAGCAUUAUCUAAUCACGAAGCAGCUUUAGCCUCGAAGAACUCUAUUUUCGAGGCUGAAGCAGAGAAGAAGCGCAAAUUGCUGGAUGAUGAGAUUGAUGCCAAGAGGCGGGCUUGGGAGUUGAGGGAAUUAGACAUCAAGCAACAUGAGGACCUCAUCUCAGACAAAGAACGUGAAUUGGAUAUUAAAUUGAGGCGCAUUGAAGAAAACGAGAAGGAGAUGGUCGAAAGGUUAAGUUCAAUUGAAGAGAAAGAAAAGAAACAUUUGGCUGCCGAGGAAGUGUUGGAAUUUGAGAAGAACUCUCUCAGCAAAGAGAAAGAUGAGCUAAGGCAGAAGCAGCUCGGCCUAGAUAAGUUAUCUAAAUUGCUGAAAGAGAAAGAACAGCAUAUUAUUGAUGCAGAAGAGAAAGCAGUUGCACUGAGGAGAGAAACAGAUGAACUAGUGGCGCUUGAGUUGCGACUUAAAGAAGAGAUUGACGUUAUUAGCUCACAAAAGCAUGAACUUGAGGCUGAGGCAGACCGCCUCAAAACUGAGAAGGCGAAGUUCGAAGCUGAGUGGGAACUAGUUGAUGUUAAAAGAGAAGAACUUGCUAAAGAAGAAGCGCGUAUUCUUGAGGAGAGGCUGGCCGUUUCUAAUUUUUUGAAGGCUGAGCGUGAGAGUUUAAGAGCAGAGAAGGAAGCAUUGAGGGAGCAAUACAAACACGACCGCGCAUCACUUGUCCGUGAUCGAGAGGCAUUCAUGAGCGAGCUCGAAAAAGAACGUGCAGAGUGGUUCAGUAAGAUUCAAAAAGAACACGCAGAGUUCUUGCUGGAUAUCGAGAUGCAAAAAAAGGAGGUGAAUUACUGUAUCGAGAAUCGGCGUGAGGAGAUCGAGAAUUACUUGAAGGAAAAAGAGAAGGAAUUCGAAGGGCAGAAAAGUAAAGAACUCGAGCAUAUUAGUUCACUCAAAGAAAGAGUUGGAAAGGAACUGGAGCAUAUAAAUUCUGAGAUGGAGAGACUUGAUGCGGAAAGAAAAGAUAUAAACCUGGAUCGUGUAAGGAGGGACCAAGAAUGGGCUGAGCUUAGUAAUUUAAUAGAAGAGCUUAAAGUGCAGAGAGAGAAGUUGGAGAAACAAAGGGAAUUGCUGCGGGCCGAUCGAGAGGAGAUUCUUGCUCAGAUCGAAACCUUGAAAAAAUUGGAGGAUCUAAAAGAAAGAUUGGAUUCUGUUGCUGUACAUGAGAUGCACCAAUCCAACUUGCAGUCAAACAAGCAAAAAAUACUGACUGGAAGAUUCGCGAGUAAAGAAGAAAUAGAUCCAACUGAUCAAAAUGGAAAUAUUAAUAAUGGAUUCGGGCUUAAUAAAGCAUCUGGUUUAAAUGGGUCUGAUAAGUCGUCUUCUCCUCUCUCGGCUCCUUUCUCGUGGCUCAAACGAUGUGCCGAUUCAAUUCUUGAGCAGAGGCCAAGCAACAAAAAAAGGAGGGAAGAAAAUCACAUAGCAAAUGGGUCAGGGGAGACCACCCCAUGUACACCUCAGAAACACUUGCCUGCACCCAAUAUCGAGCCAGCAGUCACGCAAGCUUCAACGGGUGCAGAGACUACUGUGUAUAUUGAUAAGAUCAUCACAGUUGAAGAAGUAACGAUGGUUAAUGUUGAAAGAGGCACUGAGGACAGUAAGGAGGCUGCUUUAUGGCGUGAUGAUGAAAAUGGUGGGACGGAGUUGGAGAUUAAUGGCAAGCUUUGAAAGGACUUCUGAUUUGGCUUUUUUCUUUUCGUUGACAUUUAUUUGAUCUGGAUUGCAUAUAGUUACAAGUAAUGCAUAGUGUUGGAGUUGCAGGCCAUGUAGGCUUAACAGUGCUUUAUAGAUUUUGGAAGAUGAAAGUUUUUUCUUUUUGGUUGAUGCGUGUAAUUGACACUGUCUAAUAUACUUAGAAGUUUGGUGUAAAGUGCCAUUAUUAUGAUAUUGUAAUGUCGUGCGGUUGGUUGCCUUUUUUCUAUUACUUUCAGGGUGUGCAUAUCAAUGAAUAUUAGUUGUAGGACGGAUGAUGGUCUCCGUCCCUCUCUGAUUUGAUAUUCUGCGGAAAUANAGAAAGGAAAGGUGGUUUUUACUAUCUCAUUGUGUUU